GUUUUGCUGUGGCCCUGUGACUAGUAAUCAUCAAGCAUGAGGUCUCUUCCUAGCGAAAGACUAUCCUUGAUGGAAGGUUGCAAAGUCGAAAUCACUUACACACAGAAUCGCUUCAAAAAAGUUUGGUACAGAGCCAUUGUCGAGUUAGAACCGCAAACCAAACCCAAAUCCAGAUCCCGACAACGCUGUGUCCGUGUGCUUAAGGAUGACUCGUUGACUCCUCUUACCGUCUUCACGCACAAAGCCUCAUUUCGUCCGAUUCCGACAAAACUCUACGAAGAUCGCGUCGCUAUCAAGGAAGGCUCUAUCGUCGAUGGUUAUCAUAAAGAUGGGUGGUGGGUUGGUCUUGUAGUCAAACAGGUUGGAGAUGACAAGUUUUUGGUGUUGUUCGAUUCACCAUCUGAUAUCAUUCUGUUUAAGAGACAGCAGUUGAGGGUACAUCUUGACUGGGUUGAUGAGACAUGGUGGGUCUUACCAGGACGUAAUGUACAGUUCUUGAGGCGGUUGCAGGAGAAGUCUAUGUUUAUCUCUGGGGCAAUGGUGGAAGUGAGUGAUAGGAUAGAUAACGGAGAGGUCGUCUGGGUUCCUGCAAUGAUCAUUAAAGAGAUUAAUAAUGAUGUUGAUGAUAAUGAUGAUGAUGAUGAAGACGAGGAGGAUGAGGACUACGAGGAGGAGGAGGAGGAAGAUGAGGAAGAAGAGGAGGUGGAGGAGGAGAAGGAUGAAGAAGAUGAGGAGAAGGAGGAGGAACAGGACGAAGAAGAGGAGGAGGAGGAGAAGGAAGACGAGGAUAAUGAUAAUGAGGAGGAGGAAGAGGAUAAUGAUGAGAAGAAAUACGUAGUCAAGUUUUGUGUUGAUCCCUCGAGCUUUGAGGGUAUAAAGAUAAGACCCAACAAAAAGAUUGACAUGCGUAGUAUUAGGCCUAGACCGCCUCUUUUUACGGCUGAAGAGCUUAAGUCGGUGGAAUAUAUAGAGGUGUUUCAUGGUACAUCAUGGCGUCAAGGGCGAGUGAUGGGGAAGAUGUCUCGUGGAUGGUGUAAAGUGCUUUUAGAGGCUACAAACAAGGUACUGAGCUUCAAAAUCUCGGACGUUAGGCCUUCCAUAGUGUGGGAAGACGGCGUUUGGAAGCCAAGGGAAUCACAUUCACCUCAAGGGUCGGUAGAGGAGAUGGGUGAUUCUAGUAGUACAUUCUCUCCAGUAUCUAACAGUCCACUUGUAACCCCAUCUCCGAGCAUAACUGCAACACCAUUGAUACAAACACGAGAGAAUCCAAUGGGAUCGCCUUUAACUCAUGGAUUGGUAGAUGAGAUGGGCGAUUCUAGUAAUACAUUCUCUCCAGUAUCUAACAGUCCACCUGUAACUCCAUCUCCGGGCAUAACUGCAACACCAUUGAUACAUACACCAGAGAAUGGAACUAGGGAAGAUAACAAUCGGAAGAGGAAGAGAGAACAAAACCUUAGUUCUGUUGAGGAAACUGAAGCAACAAUGGUUUUACCCUUUAAGAAGAAGUUGCCAAUUUGGAAGACAGUUGAAUCAAUGGCGGUGUUUAAAACAUUCCCACAAAGUCCUCAUUUCACUCCAUUGUUAGAGAUUAGAGAAGACUCCCGUGAAAUGUCUGCGGUUGGUAUGAUGCUAACAUUUUCUGGUUUACUUGAGGAAGUCAAAGCUCUGAAACUCAACAAUCCCAUAAGCUCACUAAAUAGCCUCAGGGAUUCCUUUGCUGAGUUAGAGAAGCACGGGUUCAAUGUAAAAGUACCUAUGUUGCGGAUUAGUAAGCUGUUGUCUCUCAUAGAUAGGCAAGCAAAGAAAAUGGAGGAACUCGAAGGUGUCGAGAAAGUGACUGCAGAGAAAGAGAGAAUCAAGGUUGAGAAUGAACGCAAGAUUCUUGAGUUGCAAAAGCUGAAUGAAGAGGCAGACAAAGAGAUAGCACAGAGUAAGUCUUCUGAAGCAACGAUUGGGCAACAGCUUGAAGAUGUGAAGGUUCAAUUUCACACAACUGCGGCAGCUCCAUGGUAAAUUGUUAUAUGACCUCUAAGCUAAUUUCUAUUUUCCAAAUUAAAAAGCUAGAUUAUAUGUAACUAUAAAGACUUCGUUGAACCUGUACUUGUAUCCUUAAGGUUUAUGAAUGAUGUUUAGUGUUUGACAUUUAAAGUAAAAAAUAUAUAUAUAUAUACAUAUAAUUUUU